CUGUUCGGGGAGACAUAUUUGACGUGGCAAUAAGUCCGGACGUGACACAGCUGCUCAUCAUCACACCGCCUCCUCCUCCUCCUCAGCUCCGUGAUAUUCAAACCUCCGCAGGUAUCCACCGGCCAGAGAGAGGAACCCCCCUGCCGUAAGCAGCGGCCUUGUCCCGGGAGAAGAAUGUUGCUGAUCGUGCUGGCCUCCUUCUUUCACUGUGUCUCGGCCUAUGAUGUGGAUCUGCAGAAGCUGGACGGGUUGGCCAAAGCCAGGGUGGAGACAUGUGGUGGAUGACAGCUGAAUAGACUCAGAGAGGUCAAAGCCUUUGUGGUCCAGGAUAUUCCUCUUUACCAUAACCUGGUGAUGAAGCACAUUCCUGGGGCUGAUCCUGAGCUUGUCCUCCUGAACCACUACUAUGAAGAACUAGAUCGGAUAGCUCUGUCUGACAUGACUCGCUCUGAGAUCAACGAGCUGCUGGAGAAACUGGGUUUCUACAAGAAAGCUCAACCAGAGGAGGAGGUGCCACAGGAGUUCCGAUUCGCUCCCGCCAAAGACAGCCCGUUCAAAGACGAGCGCCCGUACAAAUCAUCAACAUCCACUUCAGAAACUGAGAAUGCCUCCUCAGAGUCUGAUCCAGAGGUCAAGCACACUGACCUAUAACCGUCAAGAAUGGGCAAAAAUAGAAACGGCGCCCCUAAGCCGGUCCACAACCAGCUGAUUAUUGUAGUUAGCUCACGGGAACAGGGAAAUUAAUCUGACAGGCUCUUUAGAGUUAGGACAUGCUUUUUUUUAUACCAGUUUUAUUUUAUUUUUUUUUUAAGUUACAACCUAGCUUUAAAUCUACUUUUGUACUGAAAGUUUUUUGUUUGUGUUCCAUAUUGUGUACACCAUCCCCAGCCAAUUUGAGUUCUUUCGUGCUUCCUCCUCCCUGCUGUGAAACUGAAUGAAGCCUCAGGCAAAAAGUCGUUUGACUGGCCUGAGGCUGAUGCUGCAUGUUCUGGUGGGCUGGAUGGAUGCGUAUAAAGACCCUCAAGUAGAAAAGUUGUAAAUGAAAUAAAUAAAAAGAAAAAAGUCUAA